AUGUCCGCCGAGAUGCUCCGGCAAUACGUUGACCUAAUCUUGAAAUCACCAGCAUUACAACAUUUUGACACCAUCCGAAUCGACACAAAGUCGCUUGCAUACUGGCCAUACCGCUAUUUGACGGAUCCAGAUGCCAAAUCCAUGUUGAAACUUUUCGAGGACGCAGUAUCAUCAGGCAAGCAUUUAGCUUUUCAAGCACAUUUCAGUAACCCAAGAGAAUUGGAGACACCGGUGGUCCAAGAGGCUAUUCGAAUGAUAAGCAUGACUAGUGCCCAGAUCAGGACCCAAAGCCCUCUGAUCCGAAUGUCCAUUGAGCGAGAUAGCGGAGCAAGACAUUAUUUCUCAGUCCCAUUACUUAAAGCAUAUAAGAUUUUCAACACUGCAUACAGCAAGAUUGGUGGCGUAGCGCGCACAGUACGCGGCCCGUCAAUGACGACGCUUGGUGGAAAACUUGGUAUUGCAGGAACGCCCACGAUCAAUGGCGAACCCGUGUUUGCAUUGAAAUUCUUCUCGACCCAGCAUGGAUUGAGCGGAUGUUUUUCGCAAAACUCAACCCUGAUGCGGUCUGGUUCGACGAACUGGAACCCGAAAAGGAACUCUUUUGGGAAAAAGAAUGUGCGGAGAUUAUCAAGCAGUCGGAUUCAGUCUCGUCAGGACAAAUGUUCUAAGGGCGUUCUAAGUAUGAUGAUUAGGAUUGAAACGUUUCUCAAUGUCACACGAUAA